AUGCCUCCAGAGGGAGCCCAAGGGAGCAUUAACAAGUGCCGAGGUGCUGCACCCAGCAUUUUCCGUCUGGACUGCCCCUCAGAGGGAGGGAACACAGACAAAGCCCUGCACUUCGAGUGUGGCAGAGAGAAGCACUGGCAAGGAGUGAAGACCGCGCUGUCCAGGGCCGGUCCCGCGCCCUUCAGUGAGGACCUGCACCGGGCCGUGGCUCCAGCCGCGGGGGCUGCCUCUAGUGUGGAGGCAGAAGCUGGCGCGGGCGGCGCGGCUUCGCCCCCUCCUCACUGCCAGCCUUCUCCCUCCCGGUCUGCCCGAGCGGUUCUGGGCGAUCCUCCCCAGGCACGGAAACACACGCACAGGGCCAGGCACGAGACAGGGACGGACGCACGGACACGCACAGUUCUGUUCUGGCUUUCCCCUUCGCCCCCGCCCCCCUCGGGGCUUGGCGGCCUGGCCGAAGUCACUUACGGCAAAAGCCAAUUUGUCACUCGCUUUGGUCUGGGCCAGCCCUUCAAGCUGUCAGACUCGGGGGACCCGGACAAGGAGAGUCCGGGCUGCAAGCGGCGGCGCACCCGCACCAACUUCACUGGCUGGCAGCUGGAGGAGCUGGAGAAGGCGUUCAACGAGAGCCACUAUCCCGACGUGUUCAUGCGCGAGGCGCUGGCGCUGCGCCUAGAUCUGGUCGAGUCGCGAGUGCAGGUGUGGUUCCAAAACCGCCGGGCCAAGUGGAGGAAGAAGGAGAACACCAAGAAGGGCCCGGGGCGGCCGGCGCACAACUCGCAUCCGACCACGUGCAGCGGCGAGCCCAUGGACCCCGAGGAGAUCGCGCGGAAGGAACUGGAGAAGAUGGAGAAGAAGAAACGCAAGCACGAGAAGAAGCUGCUGAAGAGCCAGAGCCGCCACCUGCACUCGCCCGGCGGCCUGUCCCUGCACAGCGCGCCGAGCUCCGACAGCGACAGCGGCGGCGGUGGCCUGUCCCCGGAGCCUCCCGAGCCGCCGCCGCCCGCCGCGGCGGCCAAGGGCCCUAGCUGUGGCCACGAGGAGCUGGUGCGCUCUGUCCGAAGGCUACCUGCACACUGCAGUCCUUCCUUCUGUCGCCUUCUGCCCGGAACGCCACCCAGAGGUGGCUCAGACGGAACCCCUUGGUGGGGGAACCGCAAGGCCCAGCAGAGCCGCGAUGCUACCAGGCUUCUCCGCCGCCGGCCGCCGGGCACAGAGGAACCCAGGAUGAGCGGGAGCCAGGGGUGCCGCUGGGUCCCCCCAGAGUUCUUCAGGGAGUGUAGUCGGCUAGGACAAAGGCCAGAAUCUUCGCACCUGAGGCCACAGAGGCCCUGCUUUGACCCGCUCCUCCGGUAG